AUGGAAGAAAGUAUCAACCAAGACCUACCUAGGAAUAAUAAUGCUGAAAAUAACUCUGCUUCGAAUGAACGUUCUCUUCCUCCCGCGAGUAACGAAAAUCAAUCACAAACUUAUAGUGUUCGGGGGAAAACUGAUCCUGCUUGGAGAUACGUUGCUUUACAGAAUAUAAAUGGAAAAUCGCAUUACCAAUGUUUAUUUUGUCUGAGUACUUUUGGGGGCGGGGGAAUUAAUAGAAUGAAAAAGCAUUUGGCGAAGAUAGGUGGAGACAUUAAGAAGUGUUCUAAGGUCCCGUAUGAUGUAAAAAAACAAAUGGAAGGUUUAUUGAAAGAGGUUCAGAAAAGUAAAACUAGUAAAAGGAAAGUAAGUUUCAAUGAAGAGGGUACCGAUGAGUGUGAGGAUGCAAUUGAUGAAGCAAUAGCGCAAGAGGAACAACAAACUCUGAGUCAGUUACCAACUAAGGAGGCGCUUCAUGAAGUUGAUAAGCGAGUGGCUAGAUGGCUUUUGGAUUGUAAGAUUCCUUUCAAUGCGGUUAUAUCACCUUUUUUUCAAGAUAUGUUGGAUGGUGUAGCUGGCUAUGGGCCUGGUUAUAUAGGUCCUUCUUAUGACUCUUUGAGGGUUAACUUAUUAGCUGAUCUCAAAAGGGAGUGUCAAAUGGUUGUUGAUAGCUAUAGGUCUGCUUGGAAAGAAACUGGAUGUACUCUCAUGGCUGAUGGUUGGACAGAUCAAAGACAAAGAAUGUUGAUUAAUUUUUUGGUUUAUUGUUCGAAAGGGUUGUGCUUUGUGAAAUCUGUAGAUGCUUCAAGUAUGGUUAAAAAUGCUUCUAGCUUGUGUGACUUGUUUUCAGAGGUGAUUGAAUGGAUUGGACCUGAUAAUGUUGUUCAUGUAGUAACCGAUAAUGCUGCGAAUUAUGUUGCUGCUGGUAGGCUUAUUAAUAAGAAAUUUGAAAAUAUUCACUGGUCACCUUGUGCUGCUCAUUGCUUGAAUCUUAUUCUAAAAGAUAUAAGCAGCAUGCCACAUAUUUCUAGCCUUGCAACACGUGCUUCAAAGAUUACUGUGUUUGUAUAUAAUCAUACGGUGUUCUUGUCCUGGCUAAGACAAAAAGAUAAUUGGAAGGAGAUUGUUCGUCCAGGUCCAACUCGUUUUGCCACUGUCUUCCUCACAUUGAUGAGUAUCUUUGAGCGCAAAUCGGAAUUACAACAAUUGGUUGUUGAUACACACUUUACCGGACACAAAUUAGGAAGGAGUGCUAAUGAUAGAACUGUGAGUGCAAUUAUCUUAGACAAUAAAUUUUGGGAUGAUUGUUUUACUGUAUGCCAAAUUGUGAGUCCGUUGAUUAAAUUGCUGAGGUUUGUAGAUGCCGAUGAUAAACCAUCAUUGGGAAUUGUUUAUGAAGGUAUGCUGAGAGAAUCACCUGAUGUCAUGCGAGCUUUACUUGAUCUUGUUACAUUGCAUUGCAAGGUUAAUAAUUUAGAUUCAGUUGAGGCAAUGAAAGAAAUACACUUAUAUAAAGAUCGAAAGGAAAGCUUUGAUAGGCCUGAAGCUGUUCCAGCUACAAAAAAAUUUCAACCUGAUGAAUGGUGGAGGUUGUUUGGUAGUUCUGCUCCAUGUUUACAAAAAAUUGCAGUUCACAUUCUUAGCCAAGCAUCUGCUUCUUCAGGAUGUGAAAGGAAUUGGAGUCUUUUUGAUCAAAUUCAUACAACAAGAAGGAAUAGAUUGGAGCAUGAUAGGCUAAGUGAUAUUGUGUAUGUUACAUAUAAUUUGCGUCUUAAAUCCAGAAAGCAAAAGUCGCAAUAUGAUCCAAUCGAUAUUGAAACUAUUGAUAAGGUUGAUUUUUGGGUGACGGAAGAGGUUGUUGAAAAAGAGCCUGAUCUUCCAAGUAAUAUUGAAGACUUGUUUCAUGAGAUUGAUGUUGAUUUAGAUCAAGGUGGUGGUGGUGGUAGUACUAGUACAUUUUAUGCUGCACCACUUGCUUUUUCUGGUCCAAGUAGUGGAAAUGAAGGUGAUGAAAUCAAUGACGCAAAUCUGCAACAAAUUAUGGAGGAUUUUGAUGGUUGA